AUGCUCUACCCGGUUAAUUAUCUAAACCGGGUAGAGAAAAUGCCACCGCCGAUAUUUCCUCUCCGGUGGGAAAGCACCGGGGACCAGUGGUGGUACGCUUCACCAAUCGAUUGCGCCGCCGCGAAUGGACUAUACGACGUCGUCAUCGAGCUUCUUCACCAAGACACGAACCUCCUCGUCAAACUCACUUCUCUCCGCCGUAUCCGCCGCCUCGAAACCGUCUGGGAUGACGGAGACGGAGAUAAAUGCCACGUGGCGCUAAACCGCUCCCGCGUCGCGAGGAGGUUAUUGGAAGAGUGCGAAAUCGGAAACGGAGACAACUCCCUCAUCAGAGCGGGAUACGGUGGCUGGUUGCUCUACACGGCUGCUUCCGCCGGAGAUUUGGAAUUCGUUAAGAAGCUUCUGGAGAGAGAUCCGCUUCUCGUGUUCGGGGAAGGAGAAUACGGCGUCACGGAUAUUCUCUACGCGGCGGCGAGAGGUAGAAACGACGACGUUUUUCGUCUUCUCCUUGACUUCGCUUUGUUGCCGGCUGAUAUCGCCGGCGUCGAAGAAACAGACGGAGAGAAACUAACGGAGAAACAGUUAAUAGUAAAGGAGGAGAUGGUUAAAAGAGGGGUCCACAGUGCAGCUAGAGGCGGACACGUGGCAAUCCUCGAGGAAUUUUUACUCUCAGGAAAAUACGAUGCCGUUUCGGGACUCAGGGAUGCUUACGGUUCCACUCUGUUACAUUCUGCCUCUAGCAGAGGUCAAAUCCAAGUGGUGAAAUAUCUUGUAUCGAAGCAUGAUUCGAUAAUGGAGGUGAAAGACGGCCAAGGAAACACAGCUUUACAUAUCGCUGCUUACAAGGGUCAUUUAGCUGUAGUGGAGGCUCUCAUAAACGAAUCUCCACCGUUGAUCUCCGUUGUUAACAAUGAAGGUGACACGUUUCUUCACAUGGUCGUGUCUGGUUUUGCAGCGUCCGGGUUUAAGCGGUUGGACCGGCAGAUGGAGCUUCUGAAGAAGUUAACCUCAGGAGGAGGAAGCUGGUCUGUUGACUUUUCUGACAUAGUCAACGUUAGAAACGGUAACGGAAGAACCGUGGUUCACUUGGCCGUGAUGGAUGUUCUUAACACCGUUAGACCUGACGUCGUUGAGGUACUGCUGAGAAUCCCUGGCGUUGAUCUCAACGUUGUUGAUUCAGAUGGAUUGACUGCCGUUGAUUUGCUUGAGCGGCAAACGCCGAGAACGCCGGUUUCUGUUUUAUUGAUCAAACGGCUUAAAUCCUCCGGUGGGCGAUCCAACGACGGCGGUGAAAAGGUGUUACGGUUUCGAGAAGAGCGUUACGGAUUCUGCGGCAGUCCAGGAACUUCGUUUGAGGUAUCUGAUUCUGAGAUAUUUCUAUUCACGGCGGCGAGAACAGAUCAUAACAUCGCAAACGCUGAAUUAAGCCCAGAAAGAGAGAGUUUUGAUGGAAUCAGUGAGUGCUCGACCGAAAUAUCGACGCAUUCGAAACGCAAACGCCGAGGCGGCGGUGGUACAGGAGCGCGUCUUAAGCUUCUCUUACGGUGGGCGAAGAAAGAAGAGUCAGAGGACAAUCGCCGCUUCUCCGGAGAUAACAAUAGUCGUCGUGUUCCUCUCAGAGAGAUGUAUUCGAGAACGCGAUCGCCGUCUCGUAACAGAGGAAGAGCGUUUCCGCUGAGAACAGAGAGCGGCGAUCUCCCGAGUUUAUCGGUGAGAUUGAAAUUCACAGAAGGGUUAAUGAAAGGGGUGGUGGUUCAGAAAUCUCCGAGGUUUGUGUUUUCGCCUCCGGUGGCUUCCGAUUACUCUCGAACGCCGUCUUCGGCUUGCUCGUCCCCGUUUCAGACGGUUUCUUCCGAAUUGGAGAGAAAAACACCUGCCAUGAAGAAACAGACAUCUUUUAUGAACAGGUAUUUGUGUUUUAGCGGUCGAGGAUUAGCCAUUGAUGGUUCUGACGAGAAGAUUAAUGGCUCUCCUCAUCGUCUUCGUCACCAGAGUUUCAAAAGAGUGAUGUCUUUGGUUUCUUCUUGA